UAUUUUAUUACCUAUGUGAGCAAAGCAGUACCCUCACAAUAAAAGGCUCCAGUGUAUGUACCCUCCAUCCUCUGUUUCGCUACGCUAGAGAUUUCUAGAGACUAGAACCGCAAGGUCUCGCCUUAUUCUCUUCUCUGUUCCUCUGGUUUUAAGGUUACACCUAAAUUUAUAACUACAUCGCUUUUCUCCCAUAAAUCGGUGAAUUUUUAUAGAAAAUGAGUGUGGUUGGAUUUGAUAUUGGCAAUGAGAACUGUGUGGUGGCUGUUGCAAGGCAAAGAGGGAUUGAUGUUGUGCUAAAUGAUGAGUCAAAGCGUGAAACUCCUUCUAUUGUGUGCUUCGGUGACAAACAGCGAUUCAUUGGGACAGCAGGAGCUGCUUCUGUUAUGAUGAACCCAAAGAACUCUAUAUCUCAGAUUAAACGGCUGAUUGGCCGCCAAUUCUCUGAUCCUGAGUUGCAAAAGGAUCUCAAGUCAUUGCCCUUUGCUGUAACUGAAGGUCCAGAUGGGUUCCCUCUGAUUCAUGCCAGGUACUUGGGGGAAGUGAAGGCAUUUACACCAACACAAGUCUUGGGCAUGGUGUUGUCAAAUUUGAAAGGCAUAGCUGAGAAGAAUCUAAAUGCAGCUGUGGUGGAUUGCUGCAUUGGAAUUCCAGCUUAUUUCACUGACCUCCAACGAAGGGCUGUUUUGGAUGCAGCCACAAUUGCAGGAUUGCAUCCUCUUCGUUUGAUUCAUGAAACCACAGCUACAGCACUGGCAUAUGGUAUUUAUAAGACUGAUUUGCCGGAGAAUGACCAAUUGAAUGUUGCUUUUGUUGACAUUGGACAUGCAAGCAUGCAAGUGUGCAUUGCUGGAUUCAGAAAAGGUCAACUCAAGAUAUUGGCUCAUUCUUUUGAUCGGUCUCUGGGUGGUAGAGAUUUUGAUGAGGUUCUGUUUCAUCACUUUGCUGCUAAAUUCAAGGAAGAGUAUAAGAUUGAUGUUUUCCAGAAUGCUAGGGCUUGUCUUAGGCUUAGGGCUGCUUGUGAGAAGCUAAAGAAGGUUCUUAGUGCCAACCCUGAGGCACCUCUGAAUAUUGAAUGCUUAAUGGAUGAAAAAGAUGUCAGAGGCUUCAUUAAGAGAGACGAAUUUGAGAAGAUUUGUGUUCCAAUUUUGGAACGUGUUAAAAGGCCUUUGGAGAAGGCACUUCAGGAUGCUAAGCUGACAGUUGAAAAUGUUCACAUGGUUGAGGUGGUUGGUUCUUGCUCACGUGUACCUGCUAUAAUCAAGAUAUUGACAGAGUUCUUUGGGAAGGAGCCUCGACGUACCAUGAAUGCCAGUGAGUGUGUUUCUAGGGGUUGUGCUUUGCAGUGUGCUAUUCUCAGUCCCACUUUUAAAGUGAGGGAGUUCCAGGUCCAUGAAAGUUUCCCAUUUUCUGUUGCUUUGUCAUGGAAAGGUGCUGCUCCAGAUUCUCAGAAUGGAGCAGCAGAUAAUCAGCAAAGCACUAUUGUCUUUCCCAAGGGAAAUCCCAUUCCCAGUAUCAAGGCUUUGACAUUCUACAGGUCAGGGACAUUCACAGUUGAUGUACAAUAUGCUGAUGUGAGUGAACUGCAAGUUCCUGCUAAGAUAAGUACAUAUACGAUUGGUCCUUUCCAAUCUUCAACAAGUGAGAGAGCAAAGGUGAAGGUGAAAGUUCGCCUAAAUCUGCAUGGUAUUGUGUCUGUUGAGUCAGCAACGCUUUUGGAGGAAGAAGAGGUUGAAGUUCCUGUCACAAAAGAGCCAGCAAAGGAAGCUACCAAGAUGGACACUGAUGAAGCUCCGAGUGAUGCUGCUCCUCCUAAUAGUAAUGUCUCUGAUGUUAAUAUGCAAGACGUGAAAGGAACUGCUGAUGCUUCUGGGGUUGAAAAUGGUGUUCCUGAAUCUGGGGACAAGCCCACACAAAUGGAAACUGAGACCAAGGUUGAAGCUCCAAAGAAGAAAGUAAAGAAGACAAAUAUACCUGUUGCAGAACUAGUUUAUGGUGGAAUGCCUCCAGCAGAUGUGCAGAAAGCAGUAGAAAAGGAGUUUGAAAUGGCAUUGCAAGAUCGGGUUAUGGAAGAAACCAAAGACAGGAAAAAUGCUGUUGAAGCCUAUGUCUAUGAUAUGAGGAACAAGCUUAGUGACAAAUAUCAGGAGUUUGUCACCGACCCAGAGAGAGAAGAAUUCACAACCAAACUGCAGGCAGUUGAAGAUUGGUUGUAUGAAGAUGGUGAGGAUGAAACCAAAGGCGUUUACAUUGCCAAGCUUGAAGAGCUCAAAAAGCAAGGUGAUCCCAUUGAAGAGCGUUAUAAGGAGUACACAGAGAGGGGAUCUGUAAUUGAUCAGCUUGCUUAUUGUGUUAAUAGUUACAGAGAGGCAGCAAUGUCCAAUGAUCCUAAAUUUGAUCACAUUGACCUCUCUGAGAAGCAGAAGGUAUUGAAUGAGUGUGUAGAAGCAGAAGCCUGGUUGAGAGAGAGGAAGCUGCAGCAGGACACGCUUCCUAAAUAUGCCACUCCAGUUCUGUUGUCAGCCGAUGUGAGAAGAAAAGCAGAAGCUCUUGACCGGUUUUGUAGGCCACUAAUGACAAAACCAAAACCAGCUAAACCAGCUACUCCUGAAACACCAGCAACACCUCCACCUCAAGGAAGCGAACAGCAAGCACAGGGGGGAGAUGCAAAUGCAAGUGCCAAUGAGGACACAGGAGCAGGCAGUGGUGGUGUUCCACCAGCAUCUGGGGAGCCAAUGGAAACUGAAAAGUCGGAAAACACAACUGCAUAAUUCAGCAGAAAAGGCCUUAGUAGUUGAAACAAAAAGAAUGGUUGAUAUUGUAUAAGAACUAUUUGAGCUGGAGACACACUUUGGUGAGGCCAACAUGGAGGCAUGUGGGAUGUUUGACGGCUACUUCCAUUUCAUCUGUAAAGCCUUUUCUGUUGAAUGGUCAGCCAAAUUUUAGUACUUAUCAGCGAGUCUCUAGAAUCCGUUUGUUUUUUUUCAACAGAAGGGUUUUUAAGAGAAAGGUGAAAGACUUGGUCUCUAGAAUCCUACCCGAAUUUCUGGUGUUGUGGGUAGAAAGUUCACUUUAAGAUUUAAGUUUUACUAUUUUUUGAUCUUUUAGGAUACGUCUCGAUUUACAAACGUCAUUUUGAGUCUUCAUUUUGUUGUUGUUUUGAUUAUAAUUUGAAGUCUCUUUUUUCUUUUGCUGGAAAAAAAGUUACCAUUUUAGCUGUA